GUUCUCUCUGUGUAAACUAGCCUCUGCCUCAAUGCUGUAGUCCUGUAUUCAGGCCUGGCCACAUGACUGAAGACAACCGAGAAAGGAUCUGUAAAGAGGGGUUAGUUCUGAGGGGAUUCGAGAUGCAAGACAACUUAGACAGGCUUUUAUUCUAUGCUUCAUUCUCCUAGACACGUUAACACUGAAAAUCUCAUGGUUAUCUAAGUGAAGAAGUAAUUAGGUAAGGAAUCUGUUUUAUAAUAUUUACUUUUCCUUCCACAGUGACUAGUCAAUUCUGCUGACUGUGAUUAAGGGGGAAAAAAAGUUUUGUUUCGAGCUUUCUUUGCUUGGUUUUGUGGCCGGAUAAAAAGAAAAAGCCAAUAUAAUGUUUCAAAUAAUCAUUUUGUGGACAAUUAUUUCAGUUGCUUGGAAGAUCAGUGUGCUGGAGCUUGUUAUCUAGGUAAGGAAAUAAGCACACUAACAUGUGGCAGUGGUUGGGUGCUGUAAUGCUCUGUUAUUGCUUAUGAGAAUGACAAAUCUAGACAAAACUGGUUGACAAAAAGUGCAUGUUUGUGACUUCGAGGUGUGUUUUUAAUUCUGCUUCAAAAGCUCAGAAGCUGUAAAGCUCACACAUUUACAUCUUGCUAGCUAACAUCCAACACCACAGGUGUAUAACUUUUGUAUAACAAAAGGAUUUUUUUGGAUGUAAACUGGGAUGCCGCAUAAUAAUCCACAUGUUCUCUGUGCACUUUAAAACAAGGAUAUUUCAAUCAUUAGUACCCCUAGUACUUUAGAACUUCCUCCUCCUGACUAAAGCUCUUUGGUGCUCAUAUCCUUCCUCCUAUCUGUGUGACAUCACACAAGUGCAUCCUGAGUUUUCUUUGGCCAUAUUUAGAGAUUUUCCUCUGUGCUUUUUUUUUUCCUGCUCUAUUGGCACAAAUGGAAUUUCAAUCAAGUCUUUGGAAAAGGCAUCACUAUUUCUGAUGUGUGGGACACAGAUCACAGUUAUACAAACAUAAAAGAUUAAAAGCAUUCACUAGAAAAUAGAAGAAGCACUCCAGAUCUAUUUCUGGUAAAGGAAUAAUUAAAAGUAAAUGAUCUAGUUUGUAUCUCAUUCUCCUGUGUGGUUGUUGUCAGAGUUGCUGUUUGAAAGUUUGUGUUUUGGGUAUGCUCCAUGAAAGAGGGUUGUCCUGUGAAUGUCUGGAGCCGCCCACAGAGCUGUCUGGCUGCCAGAUGUACAGUACUUCUCCGCUGCCCCCUCGGGAACUCCAACUUCAACUCUGGCACUCUCUGUGUGGAUUAUGGGCACUACUGCUAGUGCAGGGUCCCAGCCUGCAUCAGUGACUCCUACACAGCUCAUCGAUCAGCAGGCUGGUGACAUAGCAGAAGACAAGCGCUCGGUGAGCAGCAGCUCUUUGCAGGCGCUGAACAUUCCCAACAGCAAGGCCAAGUCUAUUAUCACAAACAAGGUGGCCCCUGUUGUUAUCACGUAUAACUGCAGGGAAGAGUUUCAAAUUCAUGAUAGUAUCCUCUCAGCUAACUACUCUGUGGGAAAAAUAUCUGAUACGCUGCCUGAACAUUACCUAGUGCUGGGUGAGUUUUUUAUGGUGCAGGAUGUGAAUAGUAGAGCAGAUGUCUUAAACACUACAGGAAGCUACGGGGCCCCUAACUUCCGGAAAGCAAAGGAAAACUACCCUCUGUUUGGAAUGGGCCAGGCCAGCCUGAACGGCUUCAAACAGCUCCUCCAGAGGCUAGAGAGUGAAGCUUAUGAGGAAGUGAUAUUCUUCUGUGUGCGGGAAGAACCGGUUGUUUUCCUGCAUGUGGAUAAAGACUUUAUACCAUACACACCCAGGAAGAAAGAUAACCUCCAUGAAAACCUAAAAGACCUGAGAAGUGUGGCCAAAGCAGAGCAGCUGGAGCUCUCUAUAAGAAAAGAGUUGUGUGACUUUGCUAAACUCUGUGAGAACAUCUUCUAUGUUUACAAUGACAUCGAAAACUUCAAAGAUGAGCCACAACAAGUCAAGAUCGUGUCUGAGGAGGACAUACAUGUAACCGAGGAGGUUUACAAAAGACCACAGUUCAGUUUGCCUUCUUAUCGAUAUUACAGACUCCCACUUCCUGCAGAGGGGGCACCACUGGAGGAGGAUUUUGAUGCUUUUGUAAAGGUGCUUAGGAAAAGUCCUAGCUUAUCAGUAUUGCGUGAUGGCUCCAAGCCUCUGCCUGCACUGCUCUUCAGCUGCCAAGUGGGAGUGGGACGAACCAACCUCGGCCUUAUCCUUGGUGCACUAGUCUUUCACCAUCUACAUGAGACAACAAAUAACACCAGGGAAGAGGACGCACAGGUCAAAGUGCAGCCAGAGUUUCAGGUCAUUCAGAAUCUGAUCGGUCGUCUCCCCAAAGGUCAACAAGUGCUUGAUGAGGUCAAUAGAGCUAUUGAAAUGUGUUCAGAAUUGCAUAAUGUCAAAGAUGCAAUAUAUGAGAAUAAAAGAAAAAUGGAAGCAGUUUGUGAAGAUUUCCAGAUACAAGGAAGCAGAACAAAGAAAUAUUUCUUGGAAAGGACGCUGCAGAGUCUUGAGACUUAUUUCUAUUUAAUACUGUUCAAUGCUUAUCUUCAGGAUCAGUAUCCGCAGAUGUUUGCCCAGAGUUUCAGUGAGUGGCUGUGUGUGAAUGCAUGGAUCUACAGGCUGCUUGGCAGUAUGAACCGUUCUGAGCUCUUAGCACCAGCCAGCCUUAUCACUGAUGGAACCAGGAUACUGGUGGCCAGUGAGUUUUUGGCACCAGAUGUACUUGGUACAGCCAAGGAAAUGAGGGUGGCCAACUUCAGACGAGUUCUUAAGACAUCUGUGUAUGGCAUGGCCCAGCCAAACUCUGAGGCUGUUUCUAUUGUGUUAUCUUACCUCACGGAUGAGCGACGGAAGCAUUCCAGCAUUGUAUGGGUGAAUCUCCAAGAGGAAAUGAUUCUGGAAGGUAAUGGGCAGAUGUUCAACACUCGAGAACCAAGCAGUCUGGAGCAACCAAUCCAAGUGUAUGUGCAGAACUCACAACAACAUGAGACGCUGGAGCUGGCACUAAAGGAGGAAAUUCUCAGGUCUGAGAAGUGGCUUGAAGUAGUCAUUGAACAGGACAAGCAGAUGAGAAUGCUAAAAAGCUGUCAUACUGUCCAGGAAGUCUUUGCCAAGCAAAAGAGCAUUUACCCAGGCCUCACGUAUCAGCGUAUCCCACUUACAGAUUGCUGUGCUCCAAACGAGGCGUUUUUUGACCAGCUGUUAGAUGCUAUGAAGAGCAGUCUUGGUGAGGAUCCCAGCUCAGCUUUUAUCUUCAACUGCAGUGAUGGGAAGGACCGAACCACCACUGCUAUGGUCACCGCAACUCUUACUCUCUGGCACUUCAAUCGCUUUCCUGACUGUGUGGAUGAAGAAAUUGUAAGUGUCCCAGAUGCAAAGUACACAAAAGGAGAGUUUGAGGUGGUGAUGCAGGUGGUUAGACUGCUACCCGAUGGUCACCGUAUGAAAAGAGAGGUGGACAUGGCACUAGACGUUGUCAGUGAGACAAUGACUCCAAUGCAUUACCACUUACGGGAGAUCAUUAUAUGCUCAUAUAAACAGAUCAAAACAGCGAAAUCAGAAACUGAAUUGCAGCAGUUACGUCUGAGAAGCCUGCAGUACCUGGAGCGCUAUAUUUACCUCAUCCUAUUUAACAGCUACCUCCAUCUGGAGAAGAAAGACUCCUGGAGACGGCCGUUCAGCAUGUGGAUGCACCAGGUGGCAGCACGAGCUGGCAUCUACGACAUCCUCAACCAGCUGGGCUUCCCUGAGUUUGAGGCACCUAAGACUUGUCCACUGGCUAGACUACGCUACCGCUGGAGACAAUAUAACGCUUAUUCACUGCCCAUCCGUGGAGAGCUCAUCUAACAGAACACUAGAUUUUUCACAGAGGAUUGAGAUUGGACUGUUUAACUAUUUUAGGUUUGAUGAGCAGUGAUUCAGUCAGGUUUUAGUGCAAAAGCCAACACCACCAACACCAGCUUCCAUCUGAGAAAGACCCUUAACCCCCUAACUGCUCGGCUCAAAUGUAAGUCACUUUGAAUGAAAGUGGCUGUGAAAUGAAUAAAUGUAAAUGAUGAUUCUCAACUCUGUUCAUUCCUAAGUGUAUGAAACUGAAUUAAACUUCUGAGAUUGUGUAAAUUCA